AUGAAUACAGAGGUUUUGCUAGAGAUAGCGGAGAGUGUGCUGCUGUGUCUUCCAUCUAGACUGCGAGAUAAGUACUUCAAACUUAAAACUGAACUAUCUGGCAUGGAUCUGAAGUCCUCAGCUCCAGAUUUCGGGAGUGUAGAGCUUCGGCCAUUAACACGGUCAAACACAACAGAGUACCAGCAUGACCCUCUGAUUCUCCCACAAACAGCAAAUAAAAGCAUCCAGGCACCGCACGAUCCCUUUGUUCGUGAUUCUAUUAAUGCCGCGACUCAAUCAGAGCUUCCAGUAUUACACUUUUUAGAGGUUUCCCAGAUUACUGAGAUUCUAGACCAGAUAUACCUAGUACUGCGGCGACUUAGAUCGUCAAUCGCUCCCGCUGCAAGAACACGGGCUCAAUCAGAAGCCCCUAGUUUAUUUUCAGAAGCCAUUAAUUUACUAUCCAUUCCGGACAAAGACAAUGACCUUUUGAUUUGCGUGUUGAAUGGCUGCAAAAGUAUUCUAGAGGAAGCAGAAUGCUGUUCAAGAAACUUUUCUGUGUUCAGCAAAAAUUUAUCCGAGUCGGCAGCUGCAUCCAGGGUUGCUUCUUCAACUUUGACCAAUAUGGAGAAGGAAAAUACAAAGCUUCAGUCUAUCAUUUGCGAAAGAGACCGACAGAUAUCACAGCUUCUAAGUGAAGCGGAACUAUAUAAUAAGGUACAAAGCGCGCUUAAGGAGCAAAACCAUACUCUCGAGUACAACAUGAACGUGCUUCAACAGCGGAUAGAUGGCUUUGACCGGAAGAUGAACGACAGUGACAGGCUCUUCAAGGAAUGUAACACGGCAUACCUUUCUAGCCUUACAACUCUUCGGAAGGAGGCCGAGAAGCAGAUUUCGCAUUUAGGAAAUCAGCUGGCUAUUACACACGAUCGGCUGCGGCGGAUGAAGGGCCGUGUUGAAGAUCUCUCAGCAACUGGAAGCAUCUUGACGGCAAGCAUUUUGGCUGACAGCUAA